AUGACCGCCGACUCGGACAACAUGAGCUACAUGUAUACUGCUACCGCCUAUGCCGCCUUGUUAGGCCUUGGCGUUGCCGUCUAUCAUGUUUCUACCAGAAGGGCCAACAGAAGGGCAGCGGCCAAUCACCCACGCCACGCAAGGCCUCAACAAAAUGAGCCACGCAGGGAGGAUAGAAAGAAAAAGCAACGCCAAGAGACCUACACCUCAGAGGCUCAGGAAGCCUCCAGGGCCAAAGCUCGAGCCCAUGCUCCAGAGCCUGCCCCUCGCCCUCAGUCCUCCGUAGACGAUACGUCAGACGACGGUGUGGAUAACCGCGAAUUCGCUAAACAGUUGUCCAAGGCCAAAGAAGGCAAGAAGUUCAGCAACAAGGCUGAAGGAGGAAAGCAGAAGGAAAAGUCCGUUAAGCAGUCCAGGGCCAACCAGAUGCAUACCGCAGUUGUCGACGAGAAGCCGUCGGACACUGGUGCCGAGGCCGAUGAUGAUCGCUCCCCUGUCGAGUCCCCCGUCGAGUCUCCCAAGGAGUCCCCCGAGGUUCGCGCCGUGGAUGCCUCGGGCGUCAGUGAUAUGCUUGAGCCUGCUGCUGCUGGCCCUUCGGUUCUGCGAAUCACUGAUACGGACAAGCAGAAGGAGAAGCUCAAGGCAACCAAGGCGCCCCAAAAGACCGAAACCAAGAAACAGCGGCAAAACAGAAAGAAGGCUGAAGCUGCCAAGCAAGCACGCGAAGAGGCAGAGAAGGAGCGCAGGGCCUUGGAAGAGAAGCAGCGAAGAACUGCACGCAUUGCCGAGGGGCGACCAGCCAAAGAUGGCUCCCAGUUCAAGUCCACCAACGGCGAUAGCUCCUGGGCCAAAGGUGCCCCCAAUGGAACCGGUGCCAAGCUCGUCGAUAACAAUGAAAAGGCUUUCCACCAGCCCUUGGAUACCAUGGAAAAGCCGGCUGCUGAAAUCAAGAGCCAGCAGGCACCGGCACAGGCCGGGGACUCGUGGAUUUCCUCGCUUCCCUCUGAGGAGGAACAGCUAGAAAUGCUAAAGAACGAGGCUGACGAGUGGAGCACUGUCCCGGCCAAGUCUUCACGGAAGAGCAAGAAGAGCGGCGAGUCAGGGGACGAGACGUCCAAGCAGCCAGUUGCUCAGUCCAAGAAGGACACGCCCGCGCCUGCGCCUGCUCCUGCACCAAAGCUGACAUCCAAGUCUGGUGCUUCACAGAGCUUCGGUGCAUUCUCGGCACUCAAUGACGAUGCAGCCGAAGAAGUAGAAGAGGAGUGGGAUGUCUAA